UGCCCACAGCACACUGUUCGUCGACUUCUUCCCCAAACCCAGCCAAAAGCCCAAAACCCGCAGCGAGCGCGGCGGGGGAGCAGCAGGGGAGACGAUGGAGCCCGCGGCAGCGGAGAUGGACGCGCUGCUCCGAGCGGCGGCCGACUUCGCCUCCUACCCAGGAGUGCAUUGUGAUGACACGGUGAGGCAGUUCCUGGAGCAAUUCCCUCUGCCUAAGCUGCUAGGCGUAUUGCAGAGUCAGGCAGAUGUACCUGGGGUGGAUGAAACUCUUGCAGCAUGCUUGGACAAAGUAUUUUCUUCUAGAUAUGGAGCAUCACUUCUGCCAAACUAUGGUGAAUUUAUUCAAGCUGGGCUGCUCACAAACUCAAAGAUUAUCAGGCAGUUAGCCUGCAAAGCUGUGUUAAAUCUUCUUGACAAGGCUGGAGACAGUGCUGUGGCUUUGGACACAUUUGUACAGCAUAAUCUGUACCCACUUCUGAUCAACUGUUUGAUUGAGGGAGAUGAAGAGGUCUCAGCAAUUGUUUUGGAUGUCCUAAAGCGUCUGGCAGAAAUACCUAAAGGAACUGAUAUCAUAUUCCCACCAGAUGGGCAAGGAUCUUUGCAACUCAACAAAGUGGCAGCUCAGUCAUCCUCCAUGGCACGGAUUCGCAUUCUAUCUUUGAUAGCUAAGCUCUUUGCUGUGUCAAGUUCUACUGCUACUGCAAUUCGUGACUCAAACCUUCUCAGCUUAUUUGAAGACGAGAUAAAAGAUAGGAAAGAUAUGCUUAAAACCCUGAGUGCACUAGAGGUCCUCUAUGAGCUCGCGGAACACCCUAACAGCAAUAUCUUCUUGCUCAAAAACAGUUUGCUUCAACACAUAACUGAUGUGAUCAACGAUUCCACGGCUGAUUCUGUUAUACGCUCAAGGGCAUCAUUGAUAAGUGGGAGACUUCUUUCUUCAGCUGAUGCAUUUAUGACUAUAGAUCAAUCUUGUGUUACGAACCUGCUCUUGGCCAUAGAUAAAAUUUUGGGGAUUGAAGAAAGUCAAAAUACUGAUGAAAUUGAGAGCGCAUUGGAGGCCUUAGGUCUAAUUGGUGCAACAACUCAAGGAGCAUGCUUUUUGUUCACCGAUUCAUCAAACGUUGCCAAACAUGUGGUACAACUAUCCUUCAAUAGACAGGGUAGAGGUAAACAGCUGGCUGCUCUGCAUGCCUUUGGAAGCAUAUGUGGUGUUGAUCGGCAAGAAGACCAAAUGAAACUGGGCGAUCAAGCAGAAGAGCGUCUAAAGCGCCUAGUUUAUACUGUAGCAUCAGACAGUCCAAAGUUAACCCCUUCGGCUCUUCUUCUAUCAGUCCUACAACAGGAUCCAGAUAUUCGGAUAGCUGGUUAUAGAGUAAUAUCCAGACUUGUUGUCCGAGAAUGGUGCCUGAGGGAAGUUUGCUCAAAGUCAGAGAUAAUUAGAGUUGUUACAGAUCCAAAAAUGGAGACAACAAAACUUGGCAUGGAAGCACGAUACAAUUGUUGCGUGGCAAUCAACAAGGCCUUGUCAUCAUCGCAUCUUCUUAACGAAUCAAGCCUUUCUGAACUCAUUGGAAAGCUGAAUGAUGCAGUUAGAAGGGGUCCUUAUCUAUCUGAUAGGAAGCGCAUGGAGGCACAGCCAGUGGUGGAUACUGCAGAGAGAUUUUAAGUUGGCCUAAUGUCUUAACCCUUCAGCUAGAGGAAACGGUGAUUUACGAUCUGUGGAAACUGAGCACACUAUACGCUUGAUGCGUCACUUGCUGUGUAUGGUUUACCUGCAUUUCUUAGUGCGGCAACUAAACUUGUAUGGCGAGGAUGAUAUCAGAGAUCCAGAUUCAGGUUCUUUGUUCGGUAUUGUAAUAUAAAUGGAUGAAUGAUUGUAUGGAUGCUGGUUCGUGCCAAUCCAUAUCAGUGGAAACUAAAAGGACUCCGUUCUUCAGCAA